UCAUUCCUAGCUCACUAGCUACAAAUGCUAGAUCAUCUUCUGGCUUUUUGUUUUGAAGCAGAAGCUUUCCUUUCUACCAGCUAUGACAGAAGAAGUAACAUAUGCCAAUCUGAAAUUUGAAAACUGCCAUGUGAUGGAUAAUAUCACAGAACCUGAGGAUACUAAAGAAAAAGCUGAAUUUCUCCCAGGGCAUCACACUUCAUCGUGCUCUUGGUGGUCAGUUGUCCUGAUUUUGUUCACACUGUUCCUGGCAUUGCUGAUGGGGCUGGUGACUCUGACAGUUUUAUUUUUCCAGUGUUCCAAGGAAUACAGGACACAGAUUAGAGAACUCAACAUGACCAAGAAUGAUCUUCAUGCAAAUUUCUCAGAUAUGCUGCAAGCAAUAGGAAAUCAGCUAUGCUUGGAAGGGGAUAAAACUCUUAAAAAUAAUGGUCAGAAUUGUGUACUCUGCCCUGCAAACUGGCGGUGGGAAGGUGGUGAUACCUGUUACUACUUUUCUACAGAAGAGAAGACAUGGGAACAGAGUGACAAGUUUUGUUCUUCACAAAACUCCACUCUUCUUCUGAUAAAAGAGAAAGCGAAGUGGGAAUUGGUAAAACAGUUUGAUAAAACAUCAUACUGGCUUGGAUUAUCAUUUAGAACUGAACAGAAUGGCUGGUUUUGGGCAGACAACACAGCUCUUAAAGAAGAACAAAGGUUUUGGGCAAGGAAUCGCUACUCUACCCCCUGCUGUGCAUAUCUUUAUUAUAAAGACUUUUACUGCCAACAAUGUAAAGAAAAGAAAUACUAUGUAUGUGAAAAGCUCGCCAUCCAGUUAGAGCGAGGUAACAACCAUCAGAGGGAGGACUGGUUUGUCAGACCAAAAUGAUUAUUAGAAGGUGGAAGAUGUUCAGCAAGACAUAUGCAAAAAUGUUUCACUAAGGAAACAUGGAUGGUGUUGCCUCUUAAGAGUGACCCAAGUCUGUCACUACAGGUUCAAAACUGCCAAACGAUCGCUCAUUUUCAGCCAGCAGAAGUGAUGGCCAAAAUAGCCAGAAGUUGUUUCAAAGGAAAAAAAAGCACCGUUACAGUCCAAGCACAUAAAGGCACUGCUCCUUGCUGGUUCAUAAUUGUACAGAUGUAACAUAACAUAAGUGAUGGAUUAAAUCAUUCAGAAUACUCUA